CAACGCCUAUAAAUACAACCUCAUUCAUUCAACCAAUUCAUCGAUUUUAAAUUUUAAAAUUCCAAAAUUCUUAUUUUCAAUCCAAAAAAGAUGAGUUCUGAAGCGAACAAGAUGAACGACACGGCGUCGUUUCAACCUGUACUCUGCGCCAACGGGUGCGGCUUCUUCGGCUCGGCUACAACAAUGAACCUGUGCUCAAAGUGUUAUCGUGACCGUCGGAUCAAAGAAGAACAAACAGCCGCCAUGGAACAGCUGGUGAACAAGGUGGUCUCCUUGUCUCCGGCAUCUUCUUCUUCAUCGUCAACAACGUUAACUGCGCCGAAAACGGUGGAACAACCUACGACAACGGCGGCUAGGGUUUCGAACCGGUGUUUGAGCUGUAACAAGAAGGUGGGUGUGAUGGGGUUUAAGUGUAAGUGUGGGGAGACUUUUUGUGGGAGUCAUAGGUACCCUGAAGAACAUGAUUGUGAGUUUGAUUUCAAGAAAACCGGGAGGGAGGCGAUUAUGAAGGCGAACCCGGUUGUUAAAGCUGAUAAGGUGAACCGGAUCUGAUGGGUUGGGUUAUGUGAAGUGGUUUGGUUUAGAAAGUUUAUUGGGUUUGUUGGGGGGUGUGAUUACUAUUAGAUAGAUACAAGGGUUGGAUUGGAUUGUGAUUUGUGAAAGUGGAAGACAUUAUAUGAUUGUUUUUUAAUUGUUAUAUAGUAUUUUUUUUAGUUUUGUGGUUGUUUUUCUUGCUUGUUUUUGUUGAUUAAAAAUGUGAAUUUCAAGAAUUA